AUGACUACCCUCCCGACAUACGAGUCACUCCGCCUGGCAGCUGAGCUACGAUGGAAUAGCGAUAUGAAGAUGCCGGAGGAAGGCCUCCUGGGACGGCCUGCCAUGGAGUUGAUGAGUGAGCUCUCCUCUCAGUGCUUCGUUGGCAGCGGUACGAUAGAGGAUCCCAGAAUUGUUUGGCUAGGUCUGAUUCCUUGUCUCCCGAGAGAGGACCCCAAGGAAGUUCCUGAAAUAGACAACGUUCAAAAGAAGGCCAAUGAGAACAUUGCUCGUAUCGCCGCUCAGUCGAUAGGGUGUUCACAUGUUUACAUCCGGUGCACGAACCAUAGCACAAAGCUUGUGUACAUGGAUGGAAAGCGGGUCGCCCUGUACGACCAGUACGGCAGACAAAAUGGCUGGGAGACGAUGCCGGCUGACCCGCAUCUCACCCUUCUCUUCGGUAUGAGCCUUGGUACGGUUUGUAUACAUGGCCACGCCACUGUCCGCUUGGAUGAGAACAAAACCCCUAUCGACUUUGCCUCAACACGCAUCCCAGAGCUUGUGGUGGAUGGAGACGACCGCAUCCUAGAGCUCUUCAGGUGGAUUGACCCCAUGUACUGCUAUCCUUAUUGCCCAGUGCAUGGAAAGGACGAAGUCAUGGCUCACCAGUGUGAGGUGGCAAGACCUCAUAACUGCCCUCACCACGAUAGCCCGACCAUGCUGGACCACUACUGUCCCCAAACACAGUGGGGUGCCAAGGACCUCGUGGAUCACUAUUGCCCUUGUGAGCACAACACGGAGGGUCUUCUCGACCAUUGGUGCCCAUGCCCUCACACCCUGGAUAGACGGGACGACCACUACUGCCCUUGCCCGCAUGACGUUGAACCGGGCACGGAUCAUUACUGUCCCUGCCCUCACCGUCUUGCGCGGGAUUUCCUUUUGGCAUAA